AUGUUAAAAUUACGAUCAGUCAAAACUGUACGUGAAUAUUAUGAUAACGCGGUUAAAAAAGACUCAACUAAAGAAAAAGGUGAAGAAAAACGUGCAAGAAAAACUAUUAGGGAAUAUCUUUAUCGUUAUGUUCAAGACAAUGAAUCUGGUUCAGAAGAUUUAAUAAGAUGGAACAAAUUAUAUGACCGAAAUGAAGAACUCGUUGCCCUCCUAGAAAUUGAUGAAAAUGAAUUAGACUACACGUCACUCAAUAAUUUGAUGAAAAUAAAUGUCAACAAUCCCGGUAUUAUUGAUCCUAUAUCUGCAGAUUUUGAUGAAAUCAUUGAAAGAAUUAGUAAACUUGAGCAGAAGUUAUCAAUUGAAAAAGAGCUGCAUUUUUAUGUAACUGGGUUGCAACGGUUAAAGUUUUUAUUCAAGAAUAUCGUUCUAGUAGUUGGGGAUCGCAGAAUUUGUGCAAUUGAAGACUUGGAUCUUCAUAAAAAAAAUCGAAAAGUAGAGGGAAAGAAUUAUAUUCUCGCCACAGUAAAUUUGCCAAGAGGAACUCCAGUUUAUAACUUGCCGGUCAAAUACAAUGGUUUCCCAGUAAUAGUUGAUUAUGGAGCUAUGAAAGCUUCAACUAGUGAAACUAGUAACAGAUGUCAUGAAUAUCAUGAAAAUCUCAAACCAGGAAUAAGUAUUAGUGAUUCAAAGUGUUAUGAAGCAUUCACACUAGGCAAACUUUUUACAGCAAAAGGACAAUCGGGAAAAAAAUAUCUUUUAACUGUAAAUCAUGGAGUUGGAGAGGUCAGUAGUUCUGUAGUUCAACCGGGCAGCAUAGAUAAUAUAAAUACAGUGAUCGUGGAGACUCCAAUGCCAAUUCAAUCAGAAAAAUUGCAAGUUGUUAUAAGAACCCAUUGA